CAGCACUGGGUCAGUAGGUGGUGUAGCGUUUCUCUAAUUGAUCUUCGCCCAAUCAACAAUAACUCGUUAGCAAUCGCUUACUUUACUUCUUUCUUAAGAUCUGUUUUUUCUGUCCCCUGUAGCAAAUCAGCCCUUGGACAGGACCGUUAUAUCUUCAAAAGAUCUUCAUGGAUAGUGCCUGUAAAGAACGUUUCUGUUCUUAAGAGGAAUACAAUUGUGGCGUUUUGCAUCGCUUCGGCACCAGCUGAAACAUGAUUUUCGGGGAAAAUAGUUAGAAGACUGGCACUGAAGCUUCGAGUGCGACAACAGUGGACAAAACAUUAAAUAGAAAUCGGCGAUCGGACAGCUUCAGUGGCAAAAAGUCUGCCUACAAGCGUAAGAACGUUUGAACAAUAACAAAAUAAAAACAUUGUGCAUAUUUCCUGGAAUUGCGAUGACCUCCACUAAAGACAUGAAGGCAGGAUCUCUAUUGCAAUCUAAUAGCGAAGAGAGGAGAAGGGGUCCUUUGGAUCAGCUUCCACCACCAGCUAACUCCAACAAGCCACUGACGCCCUUUAGCAUUGAGGAUAUUUUAAAUAAACCCUCGAUCAAGAAAUCUACGUCCAGUCACUGUCCGCCGAGGGUCCUGGAAAAAGUCAGUGGCUCCGGGGCUCCGCGAAACGGCGUGACAACACCGUCCUCUCCGCUUUGCGCCCUGGAGGAACUGGCCAGCAAAACUUUCAAAGGACUCGAAGUGAGCGUCAUCCAAGCCGCUGAAGGUCGGGAGCAUCCAAAUGCCUUCGGCCAACGACAGGCCUCAAAAAAAAGGAGAAAGUCCCGUACAGCUUUCACAAAUCAUCAGAUUUAUGAGCUGGAAAAGAGGUUUUUAUACCAAAAAUACUUGUCACCUGCAGACAGAGACCAGAUAGCCCAACAAUUGGGGCUUACCAAUGCCCAGGUAAUCACCUGGUUUCAGAACAGGAGAGCCAAACUUAAGAGGGACUUAGAGGAAAUGAAGGCAGAUGUGGAGUCCUUGAAGAAGAUCCCAGCCCAUGCACUGGAGAAGCUGGUAUCCAUGGGGGACCUGGAAGAGCCAAAGCAGACUCGAAGGGCUAUCUCCCCAAGUAUUUCUCCCUCAUCACAGGGACUUGGAGUCUUUCCACAGUCUCCUCAGUCUUCAUCCAGAGACCAAACCACAGAUGAGUUCUCAGAAGAGGACGAAGAAAUAGAAGUUGAUGAUUAA